AUGGACACCACCAGCACUGGGCCCAACACGACAGACUAUGACUAUUCUGGGUACUAUGGAUUAAUAGCAAAUGGAACCGACUUCCUGGUCUGCAACAAUGGCAACGUGAGGGACUUCAGACAAGCCUUCAUUCCUACUCUCUACAGCAUCGUCUUCAUUGUGGGCGUAAUCGGCAACGGCCUGGUAGUGUUUGCUCUGCUCAAUAGCCAAAGGUCCAACAUGACAGAUGUGUGCCUUCUCAACCUGGCAGUAUCAGACCUCCUGUUCCUGAUCUCGCUGCCUUUCUGGGCCCACUAUGCCGCUAUCAGUGAAUGGACCCUUGGGAACAUCAUGUGCCGCGCUGUGACAGCACUUUAUAUGCUGGGAUUCUACGGAAGCAUCUUUUUCAUGACAGUCAUGACAUUGGAUCGAUAUUUCAUCAUUGUUCACGCCCAAACCUCCAUUUUUACCAAGUACAGAUCUGUCAGAGGUGGCACAGUCCUGGCUUUGCUAAUGUGGGCUUUUAGCUUACUGGCCUCUUUACCAGAAAUACAUUUCACUCAAGUGAAGAAUGAAUCAGAUGGAUGGACAUGCAAGCCAGAGUUUCCUGAAGGGUCAGCAUGGUGGAGUUUCUCUUACAUUAAGCUUAACAUCCUCGGCUGGGUCCUGCCUCUCUCAGUGAUAUUGUUCUGCUACUCACGCAUCAUCCCUAUCUUACUGACCCUGAGGUCCCAGAAGAAGCACAAAGCUGUCAGGCUCAUCCUGGUUUUGGUUGCUGUUUUCUUCAUCUUCUGGACACCGUACAACAUCGUUGUCUUCAUGCACUUCCUGCGUCACUUCGGCUACAUGACCAGCUGCGAGUGGAAAGAGAACCUAGACAUGGCCAUGCAGUGGGUGGAAACCAUUGCAUUCAGUCACUGCUGCCUUAACCCUAUAAUCUACGCCUUUGUGGGGCAGAAAUUCAGAAAUUUGGUCCUCAAGAUCUUAAAACAGUGGUUUCCAGUGUGUUUUGGUGAAUGCACCAUGAUUGUCAGUGAGCUUUCGGAGAGGAGGAGCUCUGUGUACUCACGUUCUUCAGAUGUUUCCAGCACAAAGAUUUUCUAG